ACAACACCAUCGCAAACAAUUACCGAGUGAACAAAGUGCGCCUACUGCAGAGAUAACGUUUCAACUUGAAUUUGAGUUCACGAUUCAUAAUGGCAUCGUCAAACGACACAAACAUUCCGACCCCGCCAUCGUGCAUUGCAGACUUUUGUCUCAUCCCACUUGGUACCCCCACCGCCUCUGUAUCAAAAGAAGUCGCGGAGGUACAGCGGCUCCUCAAGAAGAGCGGACUUGAUUAUUCGAUGCACUCUGCAGGGACGACUGUUGAGGGCUCGUGGGACGAGGUGAUGCGAGUCAUCGGGCAGUGCCAUUCGAUGCUGCAUCAGAAUGGCAUUGUGAGGAUUCAAAGCGAUAUUCGGGUCGGAAGUCGGACGGAUAAAAAGCAGGGGUUCAAGGACAAGGUUGAGGUAGUGGAGAGGCUGCUGAGGGAGGGCGAGGCGCAUGACUAGGGUGGAAUGAGGUGUCUCAGUUACUAGGUCAUUCACAUGUACCACGCAGGCUUCACGAGGCAUACGUUCACGCCAUCACACACACGGCAUUGAAACAAAUUUGACGGCUAUACUUU